UGGAAGUGUCGCAAAAUCCUAGCCACUCACACUGAGAGAAGAGAGCCCAUUGCCAAGUUAUCUCAGUUACGUUCUCUCUCCGAACGGAGUGAUUAGUGCAACAGACGAUUGUCCAUCCUAUCUGACAACAGACGACUGUCCAUCCUAACUGACCAGACAGCCUCAACUUCUGACCACCAUGACAUUCGCAGCAUCGUUCAGAGCUCUGCUAUGUGUGCUGUUUUGUGCAGCGCUUGUCCACUGCAAGACACGGACCAAACGCUACGUGCCCCACUCGGAGCUGUGGCGGAUUCUGGCCGUGGUGGACGAGCUACAGAGAGAGCAGGCGGCGGAGCAGCGGCAAGAAGACGCUCUGGCGUUGGCGCUACGCUCUGAUAUCGCCGGCGGCGGCGGCGGCGGACAGUUGGCGGACAACGUUCGGUGGUUUCCGGAGACUUACGACUACGGCGCGCUCGCCGAUCGUGACGUGGACAAGCGGGUCUUCGACUCUCUCGGGGGGUACGAGGUGCACGGGUUCAAGAAGCGGGGAAGUCUCGACGCCAUUCCCCAGGACACAGAUGCUUCUUCUGACAAGCGGGCCUUAGAUUCUCUUGGCGGGUUUCAAGUUCAUGGGUGGAAACGUGCGCUAGACACACUGGGAGGUUUCCAGGUGCACGGCUGGAAGCGCGGUAGUGGCGCGGAAAAACGUCAGGUGGACAGAUUGGGUGGCUUUCAGGUUCAUGGUUGGAAAAAACGAGCUCUCGACUCGCUGGGAGGUUUCCAGGUUCACGGGUGGAAGAAACGAGGCACCGGCGGUCAGAUGCACGCGUCAUCUCCCCGGGUCGUUCCCUGGGGGAGUCGGAGUCUGCUGGCCGACACCCAAUCUGGACAUCGGUGGAAGCGGGACACGGAGCUCGUGGAGAAUCGCCAGACCACUGGUCAGCAGACGGAGGUCAACAAACGGGCUCUGGACUCACUGGGAGGGUUUCAAGUCCACGGCUGGAAGCGGUCUGGGGAAGCGGGUAAACGUCAGGUAGAUUCUCUGGGAGGUUUCCAGGUGCACGGGUGGAAGAGAGCAGACGACCAGGGGAAACGGGCUUUAGACUCCUUGGGUGGUUUUCAGGUACAUGGAUGGAAAAGGUUUGACAAUUCAGCAGGAGAGAAAAGAGCCCUUGACUCGCUGGGCGGUUUCCAAGUGCACGGAUGGAAGAGAGCUGGAGACAAAAAAUCUUUAGAUUCCCUGGGAAGUUUCCAGGUACAUGGUUGGAAGCGUUUUGACAACGACAUCAGUGGACAGAAACGAUCCCUGGACUCGCUCGGAAGCUUCCAAGUGCAUGGGUGGAAGAGAUCAGAUCAGGAUAACAAACGUGCCCUAGAUUCUUUAGGAGGGUUUCAGGUACAUGGUUGGAAAAGAGCAGAUGACGACGGCAAGAGAUCCCUAGAUUCAUUAGGUAGUUUUCAAGUCCAUGGAUGGAAACGUGCUGACGAAGAUGAUAAGAAAUCUCUCGACUCAUUAGGUAGUUUUCAAGUUCAUGGUUGGAAACGUGCUGACGAGGAUGAUAAGAGGUCUUUAGAUUCAUUAGGUAGCUUCCAAGUUCACGGUUGGAAACGUUCAGAUGAAGAUGACAAAAGAUCGCUGGAUUCAUUAGGUAGCUUCCAAGUUCACGGUUGGAAACGUUCCGAUGAAGAUGACAAAAGAUCGCUGGAUUCAUUAGGUAGCUUCCAAGUUCACGGUUGGAAACGUUCCGAUGAAGAUGACAAAAGAUCGCUGGAUUCAUUAGGUAGCUUCCAAGU